AAUGGAGUUCCAAGUCAAUAGUCAACUUGAAGGAGACCACAGUGAAGAAAUAGACAUCCAAGUUAAUACCUAUGGUGAGGGAGAAAUUGACUUGACAUACGAAGGAGAAGGCGAUUUAGAGUAUCAGAUCCAAGGGCUAGAGCAAGAAGUAGAAGAUCUCAGAUAUGAACUCAAAAGAGAUGACGAAACCAAAGAUCUGAUCGACAAGCACAAUGAACUACGAAAGAUUCUUGACCAGAUAAAGCCAGAGAGAUAUAUCGACGAAGAUGCUCAGAUAGAAAGCUUAGAAAUAAAGGACCAAAUAUCUAUGCUUAAGGUCGAAGAGACCAUGUGGGAGAAUAGGAUCCUCAAAAUCCAGACAAAUCCUUCUUUCUCAUACGACAAGGAAAAGGUGAAUCCAGAGGUGAUUUCCUCAGUCGGGGAUACUCUUAACAGACGGUUGGCUUCCUCUACAAGUGCAUAUAAGGACCAAAUAGAGGACCUUCAGAGGAAGGUGCGCACUAAAGAGACUGAAAUUAAUGACAAAUUUAUCAUCUAUCAAAGACUCCAAAGAGAGUUAGCCGAGCUGGAAACCCAGUAUUCCGAGCAGAAGUCCCACUUAGAUAAUGCGCUGUUUGAGAAACAGCAAGAGAUCGAGAAGCUGAAGGAUAGAGAGAGAGGGCUACAGGCGCAGAUUCAGAAGAAGCAGGAGAAUAUAGCAGGUUGUAAGCUGUUUUAGAAUUUUCAAAAUUUUGGA